AUUGUUGUAGGCGUGGCUUAUUGGUAUCGUCCGAAAAUGAGGAAAUCUACUACAAAGGCUGUUGCAGCUACUACGGAAAGUGAAGAGUUGUGUCGUUGUUCGUACUGCCACUCAUUUGCCACAAAUAUUUUACCUCGCCUCACCAACGCCCGACUCUCGGCUAGACAACCGAUGGGUGUUAGAAACAGAAAACAACGUGGAAAUGAUGACAUCAAUAUGCAUAACAAUCGUAGGGGCGUGGUCUUACUUCCUCGGAAAGUGUAUCGAGGACCUUUUCAUGAACGACAGAAUAAACGCCGCGGCAAAGUAAAUCGGAAAAGUCUAGAAUCGAUAAAAGGUAGCAGCUUCUCUUAUUUCAGAGUUGGAAAUCCUGUAAGCAGUCUAAUGCCUGGCGAAGCAAGACAGCGCAGAUGCUCGACCGGAAGUGAAUUUGACGAAUCAGCGUGCAGCCUGGAAUGCACGUCAAUCUCCACAGCACAACAGCUUGUGCUAGACAAACUGAGAAGCGAAUUGGAGGAGUUGCAAUCGGCUAACCGACGACUCGAGGUCGAGAGACUCGCAUUGUUUGACACAAUGGAUCAGCAUCUGACAGCAGCCAGACAACGCAUCAGAGCGCGUCUACGCGAAGAAAGCCUUAAACGAGACAAAAUCGAAACGAAACUGAAGCAACACAAGAAACGGAUUUUUUAAAGAUUUUAAUUAGUAUGUCUCUAGCGCGCGCAAUCAUUUUUUAAUAAUUACAAAGUGGGCGUGGGUGUUUCCUAA